GGCCCGCUCCUCUGGGGGUCCCCGCUCCGCGCGCCCUCCACCCCUCAGUGCCCGCCACCCACGCGGGGAGCCGCAGGGCCCGUCUGCAGCCCGUGAGCCCCGGGGCCGCUGGGGAAGCCCGCGGUGUGCGCUUGGGCCGGGGCCCCGCUGGCGGGGGCUGUCCCAUAAGGGCAGCGGCGGCCUCGGCGUGUUGCCGCUCAGUGUGGCGGCCCUGGUGACAUCAGCAGGGCGCACGGGGCUUUGGCUGUGGGACGGCUCAGGCUCGCCUGUAGCCGGCGGCUGUUCUGUAUCAGUGUGUGUGAGCGUGCAGCCCUUGUGCUGCUGCUGGGCCAUGGUGCUACCCGCUUGGAACAGCGGGUAUCUGAUCUGCCUACUCACCCCUGGCAGCGGGAGUGCCUACCUGUGAGAGAUCAAACCGGCUCCAGUCGCGUUCCAGCACCGUCCAAGUCCCCCUCCACCAGAGCUCCCGCAAAAAACGGGGCUCGAAAAACACGGCUCCUGCCUCUUGUCCCUGUUGUCACACAAGGAUGACAGAGUGUCCAGAAGCGGCCCUCGAAGUCUUGUAUUUUUUUUCACUUGAGACUUGUUUUGUGAUGGAAACGGUGUUGAAGUCUCCCUGUGAUGAACAGCACCCUCAGCAGGCUGAAGACUUCCGCGGGAAUCUUGAGCAGAACAGCAAGCUUUCAGCAGGAGUAAAAAAAGAUAUUGAAAAACUUUAUGAAGCAGUGCCACAGCUUGUAAAUGUGUUUAAAAUAAAGGAAAAAAUUGGGGAAGGUACUUUUAGCUCUGUGUACUUGGCCACAGCACAGCUGCAAACAGGAUAUGAGGAAAAAAUUGCUCUGAAGCACUUGAUUCCAACCAGCCACCCUCUGCGAAUAGCUGCUGAACUUCAGUGCCUCACAGUGGCAGGGGGACAAGAUAAUGUUAUGGGAGUUAAAUACUGCUUUAGGAAAAAUGAUCACGUUGUUAUUGUUAUGCCGUAUCUGGAGCAUGAAUCCUUCUUGGACAUUUUGAGUUCCCUUUCCUUUGAAGAAGUGAGGGAAUACAUGUUUAAUCUGUUUAAAGCGUUGAGGCGCAUUCAUCACUUCGGUAUUGUUCACCGUGACGUCAAGCCCAGCAACUUCCUCUACAACAGGCAGCUAAAAAAGUAUGCCUUGGUAGAUUUUGGCUUGGCACAAGGAACCCCUGAUACGAAAAUUGAGCUUCUUAAAACUGCCCACUCUGAAGACCAGCAGGGAAGUUGCUUGCAAACUAAUCCCAUUGUAACCUCGGGAAAUGGGGUUUCUGUCAGUGUCACAGCACCUAAACAGAUAGCUCAACAGACAGCCUCAAAAGCAGCUGAUAGAAGGUCCAGCUCGCUUUCAAAAGUACAGAUGAAACAAGGAAGAGGAGGAAAGGAGGACUCUGUGCACCAUUCUGUGCAGCGCUCUGUCUUUGGAGAGAGGAAUUUCAAUGUCUAUAGCUCCACAUACCAGGAGAAUUCAAGCACAAAACUCAUAAAGCAACCAAAGAUGAUAGAUGUUUCAUCUAGGAAGUUAGUAACAAAGAAGAAGAUUAUUUCUACCAAAACUGUGAGCAAUGGGGCAGCCAGGAAAGCUGCCAGUGGUUGCCCUUUAAACGUGCACUGUGACUGUUAUGCAACGGACAGAGUUUGCAGUGUUUGCCUUUCAAGGCGUCAGCAAGUGGCUCCCAGGGCAGGAACACCUGGAUUCAGAGCACCAGAAGUAUUAACAAAGUGCCCCACUCAGACCACAGCAAUAGACAUGUGGUCUGCAGGAAUCAUAUUCCUUUCUCUGCUCAGUGGACGGUAUCCAUUUUUCAAAGCAAGUGAUGAUUUAACUGCUCUGGCACAAAUUAUGACAGUUCGUGGAUCCAGAGAAACCAUUCAGGCUGCUAGAACUUUUGGAAAAUCAGUUGUGUGUACCCAAGUUGUCCCAGCUCAAAACCUACGAACCCUCUGUGAAAAGCUGAGAGGAACAAAUAGCAGCUGUAAGAGAUCUCAGGGGGAAGGGCCCGGCAGGUCUGACAACAACACAGCUUUGUCAGUUGCAGCAGACAAACCUUGUGCUCCUGAGACACUUGGAAAACAAAUUCAACACUUACAGAAUGUUCAGGAAAGUGACGGUGCUUUGGAUAUCAAGGCAGCUGACAUGAAAGGAUGGGAUCAGGUUCCUGAUGAAGCAUAUGACCUACUUGAUAAGCUACUAGACUUAAACCCUGCAACAAGAAUAACUGCAAAAGAGGCUUUGCUGCAUCCUUUUUUUAAAGACAUAAGGCUCUGAGAAGAUAACUUACUUUGUUAUUCCUCUUAGAUGUUUUGUGUGGAAAUGAAAUACUGAGGCAGUUUUACCUCGUUGCCCUCAACAUUUACACUCAUUGAAAUAACGUCACACUGUGCUCUGAACUACUGAAAUUUUGUCUUGUACAGUUAGACUGCAAAUGUCAGUUUAAGAAAUACUUGCAGAUGCAAAAGUUACAUAAACAUCACUAACAUGGUCUUAUCCUAAGACACUUCUGAGAGGUUAUUGCUGUGCAUACCUGUUCUCUAAGAAAGUUAACUUUGAUCAAAAACAACAAAGAAAAAAGAGUUUCAAAAGCUCUAUGCUUAAUUCUUGAGGUAUUCCCUUAAAAUUUACAAGUUUGCCUUAAGGUAAGACUGAAAUAAGACUAUUUUCAGAGAACAAUAUUACUUUGGGAGCGUUGCUAGAGGAAAGGCCAGGUGCUGCAGAUUAUAUCAUCAAAAGAAAAGCAUAACUUUUAAAAGUACAUUUUUGUUCCUGUCUGGCCUUUGCUACUUAGGAAAUAGUAAUAAAUGCAGUUACUCAUUUUACAUGUGUCCUCAGUGCCAUGGGUAACUGUCAAUAUUCCACAGCUGCUGCCUUCAAGGAUGUCUUGAGUGCCAGGCAUAGGUUUGAUUUCUGUUAUGGAAACUGAUUUCUUAAAAAAUACCUGUUCAAUAAAUGAUUUGGUUUUAUAACUUCA